AUGCCAAACGAAUAUGGUACUGCAAUGACCCUUGCCCGGAGAGGAAACAACGAAGAAGACAACGAGAUAGAAUUGAUCACGAACGAGGAUACCCUUCGAAUCGAUAAUCCACCUAAACGGUCUUGCCUUUUCAGUAGGGCCACCAGUGGAGAUUUUGUUCCUCGAAGUAAUGCCACCUUUGAGAAGGAGUCCGGUGAAUCAACCAGUAUUGAGUUGGACAACAAGCAAGACGAGCGUAUUGGUCACCGAUUCAUUGAUGUGACACAAUCACCUGUCGAAAGAGCUACCAUCAAAAUACCCGAUCCAAGUGAGAUGACGUAUUCCGAACUAGAUGAGAUCGCCACACAAAUAUACAAUGAGCUAUCUCCCGACCUGCGUCACAUGCCUGGAAAUGAAUAUCGACGAUUGUCAGAAUCGUUCGAAGCGACUCACAGAGAUUGGGGAAGCUGGAUAAGCCAGAUCAAGAGCGGUUCGGUGAGUCAGGAAGAUUACAAUCAAAGAGCAGAUUUCGAGUGGAGAGCCAUCCGCUAUUCUACAAAAGAUUCUCUGAAGCAUCAUAGUAUAAAGCAUAUGUCUCCCUUGCUCCUGAAAUUCUAUCAGGAGCCUGACAGUGACGAUGACAGUGAUGGUGCUUGGUGA